CCGGCAACAGCCUCGCAGACUCGGUCGCGCAGGUCAUGCAACAGCAACAGCAAGCAGAUCGCUUACAAGGCAUGCUGCCGAGCAGGCGUGAGGCGGGACCGGAGCGCAGCCCGCACGGCGGGGACGGCGACGCGCGCAGCGGCACGAUCGCGACCGGCACAGCCACGACAGGUGGAGAAAAUGAUGCAAUGCAGCCGGUCCGGGGCACUCCAGUGGAGGCCACAUCGGGGAAGCUUGCCGCGUCUCGUGAAGCUGCGUCUGCGCCUGCUGCGAGAGACCCGGGCCAGACCCAGUUGGCACACGUGCAGGAGGGGGCUGGGGGCGCCGUGGCCGGCAGUAGCAGCGCCGGCGCUGGUGGCAGCAGCAUGCAGGCUGGCAACAGCGACGGGGCCGACAGUAGCAGCCGUAGCGGCACCGCGGACCCAGCAGCCCCGGCGUGCCCCCCUGCCGCCUCCGGCAGCCCCAGCAGCAGCACAGCUGCGCGGCUGCCGUCGCCACGCCACGGAGUCGCAGCCGCGAUCUAUGGGUCUCGCAGUGCCAACCUCGUGUCGCCCAGCCGCAGCCCCUGGAGUGGCGGCGCGUUCCCAGGCUUUGGAUCUGGAUCCAGCGGCCUUCUGGCGGCUGUGAAUCAGAUGGAUCCCGCCGGAUCCGGACCGCUGUCCUUCAUAGAUGUUAUGGAGUCGUUCGGCGUGGCGGCUGCGGAGGCUGCAGCGGAGCUGGAGGCAGCUGAGGCGGCGGAAGGCAAAGUGGCGGGGCCGGAGGGCACUGCAGCAGGUAGCGGUGCUCGUGGCGGGGGCGUAGCCGUUGCGGCUGACGGCGGCAGAGCGGCGGCAGCCAAGGACUCUGCGGCUGCAGACGGAGGCAGCAGCUGCGGCAACGGCGAGCGAGGCAGCGGCAGUAGCAGUAGCAGCGGUACCGCCAGUCGCGGCAGUAGUAGCAUCGCUACGGAGGCGUACGGUCAGGGAUGCGGGUCGAGGCCUGGCAGCGCCGGAGGCACCCGCCCUCUGCAACGCCCCGCACAGGCGGAUGGCAUGGCAGCGGUGGUUGGUGCUUCCGGCGGCGCCGAGCCUGGUGGCGCCGCGUCUGACGGCGCCGACUUUGGGUCUGAGUCUGGGGCCGAGUCGGAGGAUGUGGUGGAGUUCCUGGACGCCACAGACGGCGGCCCUGGUCUGGUGAUGGCUGAGGCGGUGCUGGACAUGCACGAGGUGUUCCACGAGCUGCCGGAGCAGCUGGCGGCACUGCAGGAGGAGCGGCGUGAGGCGGUGGUCACACCGCAGAAGCGUCGCCGCCUGGUGGCCCGGCUGAGCGGUCUGCGGCUGUUCCGGCGCGCACUGGGACCCCGGGGUCUGCUGCUGCGGGACAAGCUCACCUUCCUGCUGGGCGUGUCCAUGAUGUGGACCUGUGCGUUCUGGCUGGGCCGCUCGCCCUCCUCCUUCUACCUGCUAUACGGCGGGGUGGGGGCCGUGCUGAUGGCGGCUCGCUGGGCUAGCUACAUCAGCCGCAAGUGGCACUACUACCUGUACGACUUCUGCUACUACGCAAACUUGCUUCUGGUGCUGCAGCUGUGGCUGCUGCCGCGCUGGGCGCCGCUGGCCAAGGUGACCUUCAGCUACAACACGGGCCCACUAGCCUGGUCCAUCAUCACUUUCCGCAACUCACUGGUGUUCCACGACCUAGAUAAGGUGACCAGCUUGUUCCUGCACCUGGUGCCAGCCCUGGUGUCCUGGUCGCUGAGGUGGUACGGCGACCCAGCCCGCUUCGGGCCGCCGCCGGAGGCGACGGAGCAGGAGCGCGAGCGCUGGCACCGCGCCGGCGGGCUGUCCAACGUGCUGCUACCCAUGGCCAGCUAUGUGGUGUGGGCGGUGGCCUACUACCUCAAGAUAUUCGUGUUCUCACGCGCCAAGAUCCAGCAGCGCGGCUACCGGACCCUGUUCAACUACGUCACCAGCCAGAAGAAGGGCACGUUCCACGCCAUCGCCCGCCGCAUCCCUCCGCCGCUGCAGCCGCCGGUGUACCUGUUCCUGCACCUGUGCUUCUGCAUGACCACCUUCCUGGUGGCACUGGGCUGCUGGUACAGUUUCUGGGCCCACACGGCGCUGCUGGCGGCGGUGGCCAGUGCGUCCAUCUGGCACGGCGGCAGCUACUACUUCGAGGUGUUCGCACGCAAGUACCACGAGCACCUGAUGCCCAAGGCGGCGGCGGAGCCGGCGCCUGCGCACGUAUCAGCGUCUGCAACCAAGAAGGACGCGUAAGGGCUGAGGCAAGGAGCGCUUCCAUAGUUUCGUCAAAUCUAAGCCGACGUGUAGCCUGUGAAUGCGGAGGAUAGGGACAUGGGGAGGCCAAGCGACGAAGCGGACGGAUGAGAAGCGCAGGCUAGGGAGAUCUGGAGCUGCCGUUAGAGGCUGUGAUGGAACAUGGCAAGGGGCAGGAAAGCGUAGUCCCGAUGUGUGUGGCUCCCACCCGUGCCCACAUAAAGGCAGGUUAGAGGCUGUGUUGAUGAGUUCGGGCACGAGGGCGCAUGGAGUGUGCGUGGGGCCGCAGUAACCGCGUGCUGGCCCGUGUGUGUAUCAAAGACCCCCAUAGCCCGUGAUGAAGUGAGGGUGGACGUGCGCGGCACGGUUCGGGUUCUGGAGAUGUACA